AUGACUACGCACCUCACUGAGUCAGCUACCGUCAAGGCGCAGCUUUUGGAGCUUGGUCGUCAAGCGGAUAUUUUGCGUCACCUACCCUCCGACCACGUCGAAUUUGCUCACCAAGAAGAGGUCCCAACAGCAUACCCCAAAGCUAUGCUCUUUGGGAAGACGACAGGAAAGCCCGCGCGGGUGUGGAUCUACUGGAGCAAGAGUUGGCAAAAGCUCAUGUUUCAUUCGUUUUACAAUAAUGAUACGGCUGACGAGUGGUUCACAGCCGAAAGGGUGGUUAAGCUGGCGACUCCAAGCCACCCCUUCCGCUUUGUCACCUGUGAGAGCGACCUGUGUGUGUUAGCUACGUAUUACUUCCUGAGGGCUGGUCUGGGUACUCGGAAAGUACUGCGAUUUCUACCACAUCAGCUGGACGCGUUACUCACAAUGUCGACAAACUUUGCGGAAGAAGGAAACGGAGAUAAAAAAUCGAAGAUCGUCAAACUGCGCGUACAUCUGUCUCCGCACCGCACACACCUGCCAAUAGUUCCUCCACGGCUCAUCACUCCUGUUUCGACUGGCUCCGAUCAGCACUCUGCUUUUCUAAGUUCUCGAGCUGGGUAUGACAUACCGCAAAAAGCUACCAAGAGGGUCCCUGCGAGCAGCACCACUCCACCGUAUAGUCCCCCAAGAGUUUCAAUGAUCAACCGGUACAUCCAGUACACAAGACAAGAAGACGAGAUCGAUAAGAAGCUAGAGAUCAACAAAGCGCGCAUCGAGGAGUUCCAGACCAUUCUUUCGGGACUUUUCAAGGAAGAUGCCAGACUCAGCAAAGCUAAGCUUUCUGUAGGCGAAGUCAAGAGAAAGACUUGGGACAACAUGUCGAAUGAUGAGUCGCGAGAGUUGGGAAUAAGAGAAGUGAGAGCGAAGAGGCGUAAGGCUGGAUGA